AUGUCGACAUCGAAUGAUUCCGCGAUGGAGUCGAGCGUCUUGGGAUGGCCACUUUCGUGGAGAAUCUGGAUUCUCCUGAACGUUAGCUUCUACAACCUUUUGGGAAAUGCCUUUGCUGCAGGCGCUCCUCCGCUGUUUUCGCGCAUUAUUGCAGAGCUUCAUUGCACUUCGGAAGAGGCCUCCCAGCUCUCUACCUAUGUGCUUUUGACUCUUGGCCUCUCGAACAUCUUCGCCCUCCCUGCCGCAUCUCUCAUCGGUAAACGAUACACGAUUCUGAUAUCGCUUGUCAUGUUCUUUGUCUUCUGCCUUUGGUCAGGGGAAGCAACAACAUUCAAUAACCUGCGAACUUCAAGGAUUCUCGGCGGGCUCGCUGGCGGGCUUGUUGAGGCAUUGGGGCCUAGCUUCGUUGAAGAGGCAUUCCCAAACAAGCAAUUAGCAAGCGCAAUGGUUGUCUACGUUGGACUCCUUGCUGCGGGCUCAUCUGUCGGACCGAUCAUUUCCGGUCUUGUCGCGGAUGGUACUGGAGAUUGGAGAUGGUACUUCCGUAUCCUCUCGGUUCUGAUCUUCAUCACAUUUGUCGGAUCACUGAUCAUGCUCCCGGAAACACGCGCGGACUCGCCAAAGACGGCUGAAGUUGAGCUCAACCCCGUUAUUACUGAAGAUAACCCCAAAGGUCUGCCCUUGAGCCCUACCUACGCCGAAGUUGAAAACGCCAACCAGCAAGGCUUUCCAGGGCCCAGGAAACUCGGAAAACAAUGGAGACUGCGCUCUUUCUCAACAGCAUGUGUCGACAUGGACUGGAAGCUCGCCGCCUCAAGCCUCUUCCAGCCUCUUCAACUUCUAGGCGCGCCCCAGGUUAUUGUCACAACUUUGGUCUUUGGUCUCACCAUUGGCUGGACCGUUCUGGUAUCUAUCUUGCUCUCGGUGGUAUACAGUCCCCCGCCUCUACUCUGGGGCGCCCGAGACGUCGGUCUGCUUAGUGUUGGCCCAUUAGUCGGUCUUCUGAUUGGUCUUCCGAUCGGAGGCGCAUUGGCUGAUUACCUAUUCAACCGAGAUACACGUCGCAAUGGUGGAAAACAAGAUCCAGCUUCGAGAUUGCCUGCUGUGAUUAUCGGAGGUCUAAUCAGCCCAGCUGGAUGUCUGGUCAUUGGGUACGGCCUUGCAUCACCGGAGAAGUGGGCGCAAGUCAGCGUUGGCUAUGGCAUGCUUGCCACAGGUCUGACUUGCUCGGCGAAUGUGUUACUGACGUACGCUGUUGACACCAUGCCACCUAGAGCAAGCCACAUCGGAGUGCUGGUGAAUUUGAUCAAGAACUCUGUCGGCUUCGGAGUUUCUUACGCGGCCACAAGCUGGAUGGCACAGGCGGGACCCGUCGCUCAGUUUGGUACGAUGGCGGGGAUUCUCUGGGCGGUGUACUUAUUGGUGAUCCCCCUCUACUUCUUUAGUGAAACAGUCAUUCGCAAGACUGCAUUUCUCGCUUAG